ACCAGUGUGUGUAGGGGAGAAGAGGGAGGAGAGUGCUUUCUUAAUAAAGACACUUGUCACAACCAUUGGACUUACCAUCCAUUUGCCUUUAGUUUGAACAACUGCCUGCUGCUAAUCCCAAUACUAAGCUGGACAUGGCAUUCAAUGGAAAAUGGAAAAUCCACAGUCAGGAGAACCAUGAAGAGUUUCUUAAAGCAAUGGCUGUCCCUGAGAUGUUGAUCAAAAUGAUCAAGGGUGUCAAGCCAACGACAAUAAUUGAGCAGAAGGGUGACGACUUCACCAUCAGAGUUGAGACUCCCCUCCGUACUGUCACCAACACAUUCACUAUAGGAAAGGAGGCAGAACUGACUGCCAUGGAUGGGAGAAAGUUUAAGUGUACUGCCAGACUGGAGGAUGGGAAGCUCAUCUGCGAUACAGAGAAGUUCUCCCACAUCCGAGAAAUCCAAGGGGAGAACAUGGUUGAGACUAUCACUGCGGCCUCAACAACCCUCACCAGGAUAAGCAAGAGAGUCUGAUCUCUAAAGCCACAGAGACAAGGAUUACAUUUUCAAUUAAUUCAUUGAAAUGACCUUUUAUCUCAGGUAAUAUAAUAGCUAUAAAAUAUUACAUUAAAAUGACAAAUGACUCGACAUUGCAUCUGUUCAUUUUAUGUCUAAUUUGGACACAUGCAUUUUAAAAGCCCCAAAGCAAAUGUACUUCCCUAACAAAACCAAUACAAAAUGGAUGGCUUUUCCUGACACCUUGUGGUUAUUGAAUAAUCUGCCAUCAUUGUAGUAGUCAGCAACAAAUGUAAACUUGUGGGAUCAUGUUUUCACUUCAUCAUUAACUAGCAAAUGUAGACCUCAAUGACCAGCUCAUAAUCUCUUCUGUUUAUUUAAUAUUUUAUCUGGAUUUUAUCAUUUUAAAAAAAGAAAGAAAAUGAAAUUCCUCAACCAUUUCAAGAAUCCCAAUGGGGAAAAGCAAAAACUCAUGGUCACAUCGUCAUCUUCAUCCUGUAAAGCAAGAACACAGACCAGAACAAUUUAGAGGAGAGGCAUUUUACAUUAUACCAAUCAACAUUUGUGACUGAAUUCACACUGACUGUAAGUCCCAAAUGGCACCCUAUUCCCUAUGUAGUGCACUGCUUUUGACCAGUGCCCACUGUGGAUUUUCCAUUGAUUGCCAUGUCUAGUUCAGUCAGUGGCGACCCACCUGUUUAGCUUUUUUUGCCUGUUUUGCAUGUUAUUUUGUCAUUAAUACAUGUCACCUAUACGUUUGCAAACCUUGUAAAAUAAAAUGUUGAGUUAAUAAAGUCACAUACAAGGCAGCUCCAAAAUU